AUGACGGGCAUCAUGAAGAAGGUGACCGAGUUCUACAAGAAGGACGAGUGUAGCAAGUACUACAAGCUGGGCAAGACGCUCGGAACUGGGAGCUUCGCCACGGUGAAGAGCGCCAUCAGCAAGGCCGACAACUCGCGGUGGGCCGUCAAAUGCAUCGACAAGGCGAGUCUCACGGCGGAGGACGAGGAGGCGCUGCGGGUCGAGGUGGAAGUGCUGCAGGUGGUGCACCACGUCAACAUCGUGCAGCUCAAGGAGGUGUUCGACUGCCACAAGACGUUCUACAUGGUCAUGGAGGAGAUGAGCGGCGGCGAGCUCUUCGACCGCAUCGUGGAGAAGGAGAAGUACUCGGAGAAGGAGGCGAGCUGCGUGGUCAACAAGCUGGCGAAUGCGCUGCUCUACUGCCACCAGAAGGGCAUCGUGCACCGUGACUUGAAGCCCGAGAACCUGCUCUACCAGUCCACGGACGAGAACGCGGAGAUCAAGAUCGCCGACUUCGGUCUGGCCAAGCUCAUCAAGGGCGACUCGCUCAUGCAGACGGCGUGCGGCACUCCGGGCUACGUGGCCCCGGAGAUCCUCGAGGGCCGUCCGUACGGAGCUGAGGUGGAUCUCUGGAGUCUCGGCGUCAUCGCCUACAUCCUGUUGUGCGGCUUCCCUCCGUUCUACGACGAGAACAACGCCGCGCUCUUCCAGUCGAUCAAGUCGGGCGUCUACGACUACCCGAGUCCGUACUGGGACUGCGUGUCCGACUCGGCCAAGGACCUCAUCUCGAGGCUGCUCGUCGUGGACCCCAAGAAGCGCUUCACGGCGCAGCAAGUGCUGGACCACCCGUGGGUGGCCGACAUCCACGGCGUCAGCGGCGACGUGCUGCCGCACUUCACGCACGAGAUGAAGCGCUACAACGCGCGUCGUCGCUUCCGCGCCGGCAUCAUGGCCGCCAAGACCAUUUCGGCCCUGCACUCGAUCCAGAAGCGCGUGAGUGCCAGCGACUUUGAGCCGCCGACGUCGGCCAUUGCCGCGGUUGGAUUGGGGGCGCUGAAGGCCGCGUCGGCGGCGCCAGCGACGGAAGCAGGAGCAACUCCCGCUGCUCCAGCCCCCGCAGCGCCAGUGACGCAGUAG